ACCGGUUGGUUGUUCGCGCGGUUUCCGUUUGUUCUUGACGGUGGGAUGUCGAGAGAAGUAGAAGUCGACGAAGCGGUUGAAGAGAGGGUUAUCAAUGAGGAAUACAAAAUAUGGAAGAAGAACACGCCGUUUCUCUACGAUCUGGUCAUGACGCAUGCGCUGGAGUGGCCCAGUCUGACUGUCCAGUGGCUGCCUGACAAGACAACACCGGAAGGAAAAGAUUACUCAAUACACAAGCUGAUAUUGGGCACACACACGAAUGAAGAGCAAAAUCAUCUUAUCAUCGCUACUGUUCAGCUACCUAAUGACGAUGCUCCGUUUGAUGCAAGUCAUUACGAUCAAGACAAAGGAGAGUUUGGAGGGUUUGGCUCAGUGAGUGGAAAGAUAGUGACCGAAAUUAAAAUCAACCAUGAAGGAGAAGUGAAUCGAGCACGUUAUAUGCCCCAGAAUCCCUACAUAAUAGCAACCAAAACACCAGGAUUUGAUGUAUUGGUGUUUGAUGUGUCGAAACAUCCGUCUCGACCUGAUUCAUCCGGGGAGUGCAAACCACAAUUAACAUUGAAGGGGCACACCAAAGAAGGUUAUGGUUUGUCAUGGAAUCUCCAGCAACAGGGAUUGUUGUUGAGUGCAUCUGAUGACCACACUAUCUGUAUGUGGGAUGUGAAGUCGGCAUCACAGGAUCAAAAGACUUUGGAGCCAAAGAGCAUCUUCACUGCUCACAGUGCUGUUGUUGAGGAUGUUGGAUGGCAUUGGCUUCAUGACAGUUUGUUUGGUUCAGUGGGAGAUGACCACAAGUUGUUGAUAUGGGAUACUCGUUCAACAGACACAGCCAAAGCUACUCACUGUGUUGAAGCCCACACAGCAGAGGUAAACUGUCUAGCAUUUAAUCCUUUCAGUGAGUACAUUCUUGCAACAGGGUCGGCAGACAAGACUGUUGCUUUGUGGGAUCUGAGAAAUCUGAAACUGAAACUCCACUCAUUUGAGUCUCAUAAGGAUGAAAUAUAUCAAGUGCAAUGGUCUCCUCAUAACGAAACCAUAUUGGCAUCCAGUGGAACUGACCGACGGUUACAUGUUUGGGAUCUCAGUAAAAUUGGUGAAGAACAAACGAAUGAAGAUGCCGAAGAUGGACCUCCCGAGCUACUGUUUGUCCAUGGGGGACAUACUGCCAAAAUAUCAGACUUUUCGUGGAAUCCUCAAGAGCCGUGGGUUAUUUGCAGCGUUUCUGAAGACAAUAUUCUACACGUGUGGCAGAUGGCCGAGAACAUCUACAAUGAUGAAGAAACUGAUGUACCAGCAUCAGAACUUGAACCAUCUACUUCUUGAGAUCGAUCCUGGUCAAUACCCUAGCAAACUGUAGCUGUAAGGCAUUGGAAUAUAUCAUACUUUGUUACUUGAUUGUGGUUGGAGACAUUGUUUCUGCACUUGAUAUACUGUAGCUUAUUGUUGUGUUGACUCUCGGGUUUGCAGCCAUAGCAGCAUGAACAUCAUAAUCACACGUUUGGCUUCUAUGUUCGUCAAAUUUAGCAAAUCUGUUCUGUCUUUGACGUAACUGGUUACGUGAACUUUGUAGCACUUUAUCAGAAGAUAUCUUGUGUUGAACUCUUAGUAUUAUAAUCUUUUGGUGACAACUCAAUUACAUAUGAAAACCUA